AUGAGUGAAGCUGUAUUAUCUCGAAUCUCGAAUCUCAUACGAGAUGAAAGUGAUCUCAAAAAAAUAGAUGAGCUUAGACGUCAGUUUCGAAAAGAGAAAACGUCAAUUGAUUUAAAAUUAAGCACUGCCACAGGGGAACAAAUUGACUUCAUCUUCUCCAACUUGUCAAGAUUACAACGGUCUGUGGAGAAGCUUUCACUCAUCAAAAGGAACAUAGAGAAAAUUGAUACCAUCUAUGAUGACUCUAUUACAAAUGUUGUCGAAUAUGAUACUCUCAAGAACAUUAUCAACGUACAUCAAACCAUGUUACAGGUUCAGAACCUCUACACAGACAUUGCCAAUUUCAAAGAAUUUAUGAAACAUAUCCAAAUGAUGAUUGCAGCUGAGUUGGAUAUAGUAAUGAAUGACGAUCUGUAUGAAUUGAUGAAUAUUUACAGAAUUCAUUUCAAUGUGACACAGGUAAGGAAUUUCGCUGAGUAUAUGGAAGUGGAGGCUGAGAAAUUGUCGGACGAUACCCAGCUGAUUGUGAAAAAAAUCACUCUGCCUGUUCGUCAGGCGACUAAGCAGUUUGACGAACUCCUAAAAGAAAUCUGUCAGAGGUCUUUUGCUGCUUUAAAGGCCGGCAAUACCGCAUGGAUUUUUAAAAUCAUCAGAAUCUUGCAAUACGAAAACAGAGAAGAUGUCAAAGCGUCUUUGCAAGAGAAAUUGGGUCUCAUCAGUAACGAAAGCAUGAAAACACUAAACUAUUCUGAGUUUAGGGCUAAGCCCAGAAACUACAUGAGAUAUUUUUACUCAAAACUCAAAGAGUACGUUGAACACCUUUUCAACGAAUGUGUCAAUCAUUUUGAUUAUAAAAUCGAUGUUUAUGACAGUCUCGACUGGCUCGAAGAUGAACUCAAUUUUGUCAUAGAUACAUAUGGUCCCUUGUUCCCUCAAAGUUGGGCAGUCGCCGAUUUUCUUGAGAGUUCAUACCACAACUGUUUGCAGAAUUUCACCAUGGACUUCAUCAACAGUAGCCCGCCUAUAGAGGAUUUGAUGCGCAUUCUACAGUACGAUACUUACUAUGCUGAAUUGACGGUUGCUCUACAUGAUGGAGACAAAUCAAAGAAAAGAUUCAUCUUGGGUGAAGAACUAAAAGCACAAGUUCUCAACGACUACAUUAGUACCAUUGGGGCAAGAAUGGACGAAUGGAACGCAACUCUUACAAACAAUGAAAGGACCUACUUCCUCGAACGGUCUGUCGAGCCGGAUAUUAUUCCACAUCAUCAAGUAAUUGAUGAUAUCGAUGAAUUCGAUCAUCCAGUUGUCAGGGAAGAAACAAAGGAUGUAUAUGUUUUGGCUGAUUACAAAACAUUUAUUCAAAUGUUGAAGGAGCAUGCUGAUGCUGCGGCACAGUCUGGCUAUGGUAGCGUUCUUGUUCAAGUUAUUGAACAUUGGUGCAAACGCUACAACGAGAAAGUUGAGACCUACAUGAGCCUUAUCGAAAGGGAGGUGGAGAAUUUCAUGGCAAUUUACAGCAAUGACAAGCUUCUAAUAAAGGAAAGCAGAAUGAAGCGUCUUUUCCGCUUCAAAGCAAACAAUCAAGAUGAACUUGACAUCAAAAAUAUGACAGAUGAAGAGAAGGCAGCAAUCUCAGUUCCAGGUCUUGUUGAUUAUUUGACUGCCUUAGGAAACUCAUACGAGAUCAAUUCUGAUCGAUUGCAAGAUAAAUUUUUGCCUAAUUAUAUGAGUAAAGUUCACUCCCUGUAUCUGGAGCGGAUAGAGCAAGCUAUCAUGAGUACCAUUGGACCCAGUACCGACCUCAAUGCGACAGUGGUCCGUGCCCAAGCGGACAUGAUUGUGAAUGACACAAUUCCAGUAUUAUGUGGGAUUUUUACCAAGGACUGGUACUUAGAUUCUGAUUACGAGGCACACCAUGGGAAGAGCAUGGCGCACCUUCUUGUCGAUGCGAUCGUGGAUGAAGACGGGUUGUCUUCAAUUCAGCGAUGGGGAACGUACGAUCUUCAUGCUAUAACGUUAACUGUGAUGCUUGACACAUUUAUUAAAGCAUACCUCCGCAUUGGAUUCAACAAUAUCCUUCAUGGAGAUGGCAAGAAGAUCGACCCUCAUGCAACAAAGAAAUAUAAAUCGUUUGCCGAAGCCAUUUCACGCGAUGUUGCCGUAUUCUACGAAGAACUUGAUAAACAAUUCUCGAGGAAGGACGCUAUAUUACUUGUGAAAAGUUUAUCUGCAAUCGAAUUCUUGGGCGAUUUAGCCACGUUUGAACGGCCAUUUGAAGAAGUGCCUGCAUUUUGGGAGCAUGAGAUACUUCCCAAUUUUGCAGACUGUUCAGUCGAGUAUGUCCGUGGUAUUUUGCUUUGUCGUAAGGACAUUGAUCCUAAGCGUUUACCUCAGCUCAUAGACGAGUUGUCACACAUAAAGAGCAAAUUUACGCCGACUGAAGAGAUGAUUCAGGUGCAAACUCUAAGUCAUUUCACAUUUGAGUAA